AUGGCAUUGUUACGUAAAGAGCAAGAAAGAUCCCGGUGGUUAAAUUCACCGAAUGCUUAUCAGAAAAUUGAAAUUCUGGAAACUGGAACGGAUAAUCCAAAGCGGAUAACAAAGGCAAGCAGCGAUUAUGCACCUUUAAAUAUCGGCAGUCUUUCGCAUUGGGAAUGGGUGCAGGAUGUCAGUUCGCCAUCACAGAGCGGGACACCAGUAAAAAUCUCAUCGCCACAUCAGUUCAGCCCAUUCUCAGCAAAUCCGAAAGAGUUCAAGGAGAAGCAAAAAGCGAUCAAGGAGAAUCGUCGGUUGGGUACGACAUCGGCGGGCCCGCAGUCUCAGAUUCUUGAGGGAGUCACUUACGAAGAAAUUUCACAAAUGCGAGCGGUAAGUAAUUGA